CAUAAACACGUUUUAAUUUUUUUCAUUUCAAAACUUUUUUUUCUCUUCGAUUAAAAAUUUGAAUUAUUUAGAAAAAUAAAUCAAAUAAUCGAAAAUUGAAUUAGAGAAUUAAAAAAUGUGUGAAAAUUCAGUAUUAAUAAUUGGGGACAAAGGAGUCGGAAAGACAACAAUGAUUUAUAAAUUUCUGGAGAAAGAUGAAGUUUCGAAGCCAACAAUAGCUUUGGAUUAUUCAUUCGGUCGAAAAGCCAAUAAAAAUCUCUCGAGAGACUUGAUACACAUUUGGGAAGUAGGUCAUCUAACGGCAUCAAUAAUAAACGCAGGACUUGUCGGUGCAUCAACACAAUUACAAAGUAAAAUAACAACACAACCAAAAACAGAACCGACGUUUAUUAUUAUGCUGAAUUUAAUGGCAACAAAUACAAUAUGGUUGUCACUGGAAACAUGUUUGAAUGCAGCAUGGGCGGCUAUAAAAAUUUAUUAUGACGAUGCAACUAUUGAACAGAUGAAACAUCAACGUCACAAAGAAUUGGAAGCUGCUGCAUCGGGAAAUGUCGACGGUAAAUUUAUUAACCCGUUUCCAUUAAAAUUGUCAAUUAUUGGAGGACAGUAUGAUAAAUUUAAAAAAUUGGAUUUUGCGACAAAACAAACUAUCGGAAGAAUUCUCAGGGGUAUUGCAUACAAUUUAGGAGCCGAUUUGCAGUAUUAUUCAUCAAAAGAAGGAUCUUUGAUACGUAAAAUGAAAGAAUUAAUGUCUUACUAUGGAUUCAAUCACCAGCGAUCGAAAGAAUGUAUUUGCGAUUAUAAUCACGCAUUAUUGAUACCUUCUGGUACGGUUGCUGACGACGAUUCUGUAGCAAACUCAGCGAUUAUCGUUGAUAAAAUAAAGCGAAUAUUUUUAACAAACCCUAAUACUAAUAAUCAUAAUAACAAUCAAUUAUUAUUGUUAAAUAAUGACCAGGAAUCGUUAAAUGAUAAUCCGAUUGAUGAUCCCAAUUUUAAUGAAGCUGUCAUUGAUCACUUAAGAUCUCAGCGUAAUGAGGAAAUAGAAAUAAAUUUAGAAAAAAUGAUGGAAGGAAAUUUAUCAAAAAAUAUUAUUAUUACCGAUCCUUACUAGGACAAAUUUUAAAUUACAAACUGUGGUAUCGAAAUAGUUCAAUUGAAAUUUUUUUUGUUCUAAUAAAUUGUCAAAAUUUUUCGAAAUUCUUUGAUCUCAACAAUCUAAGAAAUUUUGUUAAACCCAAAUAAUUGAAACCAUUUAGUACAGAGACUUCAAAUUCUAAAAUAAAGUAAUUAAGAAAAAUUACAGGCCGAAUAAAAAUUUUGAAAAA